CAACCUGUGCCAAACAUCGGCGUACGCUCAGUUCUCGACUGGUCGCGGCUCACUUCGGACACAACUCGGACAGCAAACCCGUCAACCGCGCCGGGGAGGGUUUCGCGCGCGCGUUCCGUCGGCUAUCGUCGUCUCGUUCACUCUCGUUGGGGCUGACAAUAGCCAGAGAGCAAGUGCACCGACAGCGAAAUUCCUCAGUGGUAGCAGAGGGAGCACGGCGCGCAGCAGGUCCUAGGCCAGCAACGAACGACCCCCGAAACGAAAAACCCCCCGUUGAAGAUCCAAAGAUGGCGCCCUAAGUACUAAGAGUGUGUGAGCGCGCAAUAGUGGUUUAAGAAACUUAACAAAACGACGAUUAAGCUUAGUGUUUAGUGGAUUAGAAUGGGUAAUCAACCGACGAAGCAUUCCGGCAGCAGUGGCCGGCCGAAGAAGGCGGUCCACUGGAAGUCGGCAGAACCACCCUCGCCACCGGGAAAGCCGAUGUUGGUUCCGGGUACGCCAGACUCGUCCGCACCGGACAUUGUGACGCUCCGGUGGAAACGACCGACGAGUGAUGGCGGCUCGCCAAUUCUUGGUUACAUCGUUGAACAUCGACGCACGGGUUCACCGCACUGGGUUCGGGCCACGGUCGUGCUGAUUCAGGCUACGGAACUGUCGUUCAGCGGGUUGGAACCCGGCUGGCGGUAUCAGUUUCGCGUAACGGCCCAAAACAUCGUCGGCCAGUCGGAUUGUAGCGAACUGUCCGAUGCGUUGACCGUGACGCUACAGCGGGCUGCGAUCGCUCCACCAAGGUUCAUCUAUGAACUCAACGACACAACUGCCAUCGAAAACGAAAAGAUUGAGUUCCGAGUGUCCGUCGCCGGAACGCCUGCUCCACAAAUCAGCUGGUUCAAGGACGGCUUCGAAAUGUUCAGCAGCCGGCGCACGAAGAUCCUUUCCGAGGGUGACUUUAGCGUCCUCGUAAUUCACCAAGCUGCCCUAACUGACGAAGGAGAGAUCAAGUGUACCGCUACGAACAGUGCCGGAUCGGCCGUAACUAUCUGUAACCUGUCCAUUGACGCAUACCCCAAGAUUCGACUACCACGCCAGUACGAAGACGGACUGAUCAUCGAAGCCGAUGAAGUUAUCCGGUUGAAGGUCGGCCUCGCCGGUCAACCUACCCCAAUUGUAGAGUGGAGCCACAACGGAGAAGUACUGACCAACGGUGGCCGCUACGAAAUCGAAACCUCCGACAAAAACUCUUCACUACGAAUCUCCAACGCCCAAAGAUCCGAUCGCGGCGAGUACAACCUGCGAGCGAUCAACAAACUUGGCGAAGACUACGCAUCGUUCCUCGUCACGGUCACCGCAAAACCGGAACCUCCGGGAAAGAUUACCGUCAGCAUGUCACUCGGCAAGUCCGUUACGCUCAGCUGGGCCGAACCGGAAGACGAUGGAGGCUGCAAGAUCGGCAACUACAUCGUCGAGUACUACCGACUUGGGUGGGACGUCUGGCUCAAAGCCUCGACCUGUCGGCAACUCACCACCACCCUCAGCGGUCUCAUCGAAGGCUCUCAGUACCGGUUCCGCGUGAAAGCCGAAAACCCCUACGGCCUCAGCGAACCCAGCGAUAUUUCCGACACCGUGUUCAUCCCGGACCCGAAACGUGGCAUAAACAGCGCCACCCAAAUACCCGAAACCAAAGACAAAGAGGACAAAGAGUGCCAAACUCCGCUGGCCGUGCCCCGCAAGCGCCGCGAAGAAUCCCGCUCACCGGCUCGCGAAGCGGAACAGGUCAAGAAAGCCAAAGCAUUCACCCCGGAAACAUACAGCCGCGACGAAAUCGUCCGUGAAAUGUCCUACGGAGCCCGCGACGAGGACUUUUUCAAACCGAAGCUCCAAGAACCGCCAAAACAACCUGUCGUCCCGUCAGUUGUCGUCACCGAACCUGCCGCUCCGGAACCUACUCCAGCCCCACCAAGAUCACCACAACCGCAACGCCCCCAAUCAUUCGCAUCGCCGCUGAAGGCGAUGGAGAAGUUCUCCAAAGAACCCAGCCCGCUGGCGUUCCGCUCGUCAGACAAUUCACUAGCACCGCGAGAAGCGACCACACCGACUUCACCGGACAAACCGGCCAUCCACAACAGCAGCGAGUUCAUGCUGGUGCUGUACAACGAGCGGGAAGCGAAGAACACUGCACGCAACUCAACCUUCGACUUCGACCUGGAGGACAUGGCGGCCCCGCCACCCCCUCUGUCCCUGUCGGCACCGGAGCUGAACGUGGAACCACCGCCGGCGCCGGCCAUGCGCCCCGCCGUCAGUUCCACCGAGCUGCUGUAUGAGCGUGCGAUGGCCCGGUUCUACCAGGCUGUCGCGAUGGAGGAGUCGGAAAAUCAACGCAAAGAAGCGGAACAGCGUCGUAGGAGCAGUUACGGCGGUGGUGGUGCGGAUCAACAGCAGCAGAACGGGGGUCAGGAUGCCGUGGCGCGGUUGGCCGAUCGUAGAAGCAGUUUGCGCCGUCGGCUGUCUGGCGACAAGGAAGCGAUCGUGAAGCAGUCCAGCUUUGAGAGCAGUGAUGGUAGACAACAUUCCAGCACGGUGGACAGCGUGAUACCGGAGGAGAAGGAGGAGCAGGGUGAGGUUAGGGUUGAGGAGGAACACUCGAUCGUGGACGAAGUGUUGGAGGAGAUGGACGAGGAGGGUUCGAUGAGCGGAUCGAUGGAUUCGUUUAUGGAGGAGCUGAAGCGCAGGGAGUCGGCUCGAUCGAGCAGAUCGCGCGUGAUGAGCGACGAGGAGGAAGAGAUGGAAACGUAUCACCCGAGGCAGCGGUUGGUGUCGCCGUACAGGAAUCCGGACCCGAGUCAGGCGAUCGAGGUGUUGACGAAACCGCUGCCGAUGCCCGAUCCAAACUUUGUACCGAAGCCGAUAUUGAAGCGACCGUCGACGGAGAUUUUGACGAGAGAUGAAAAAGACAAGAAGGAACUGGAGGUAAAAGAGGUUGAGGUUGCGGUUGAGAAGGUAGAAGUUCCAGUGGUUGUGCAGGAACCGAAAGAGGAGAAGAAGGCGGUUCCGCCCAGUAAGCCGGAGCGAAAGAGUUUGAUGAACUUUUUGGAGAGGAAAUCUCCGGCGAAGGAAGAGCCUCCAAAGCCGGUCGAGCGGGAGAAGACACCAGAGAUCAAGCAGCAGGAUGAGAUACAGGCUCCGUUGAGUGAAAAACAGGGGCCUUCCGAGGAGGAGAUCAAACAGGCGAUCGUGCAGGAAGCUGCUCGACAGAAACGUCGCGUUUCCCGACAGAAUUCGGAAGAGGAAGCCAAGGCGAUCGCAAACUUUUACGGAGAGAUUCUUGAGAGGGUGGAGAGUUCCAAGAAACCGCGCAAGCUUCCGCUAUACAACAAUCCGGACGAGUUACGCAAGCUCAACUCGCGGGAAACUUCGUAUGAUCGCUUUGCGAGAUCACGAUCUGGGUCGGCAUCUCCGAUGCCUCCGGAGGACAUCUACCUCGCCCAAAAGUCCCGUUCGCCUUCGUUGACUUCCGAGCAGAUCGUGCUUAAAGGAAAACCUGCUCGGGAAAGCAAGAUCCUUCGACAGCGAUCGGCCUCGAUUGAAACCGAACCCGCGAGAUCUCCGUCGGUAGCCAAGGAAGUCCCGGUGGUUACACCAACUCCACCCAAACCAGAACAACCGCCCAAACUGGAAACUGCAUUUAUUCCUAGCGCGUACGACGAACCCGUUCGCAAGAGUCGUCCCCUACGAGAAUCGACGGCAAUCGCCAAGAAGCGGAACGUCUCCAGCACACGAUCAUCUCGCAACAGUUCGGCCACUCGCGAUGCCGAAUCAAUACCCGAUACCCUAGAAGCAGCCCGCCGUGCUCGACUACGCAGCGCUUCCAAGAGUCCGUCCACUCUACAGCGAACCGCGGUGACUCUAACGCCACCUCCUCCACCACCCCCCGCGGUGGAACCUCCGAAGCCACCAACUCCGACACCAAUCCCAACUCCAGCCAAAGAAGCACCAAAAACGCCUCCGGAACCGCGAUCCCGCUCGCAGUCCCAAACCCGAGAACCACCCACCGACCCGCAGGACGACUCGCUCAAGUACACGCUGUCCUACCUGACGGACGUGGCCCUGUUCGUGUUCGCCUGCUGGCUGUAUCUCUUCAAGAACCCCAAGUGGGCCAUCCCGGUGAUCGCGCUCAUCGUGUACCGCCAGAUUAAGGACGCCAUGCGGGACCGGAUGCCGCCGUGGGUGCGCCGAUCGCUCGGAACGGACAGCUAACUUCCCCCCUCCACCCCAAUCCGUUGAUAAAGACAUAAUCUCAAUCAAGAACGCAACAACGCAAGAAGGAUAUUUUAUAGCAGGUCUGAAUAAUCUUAUUCUUAAUUGUAAUUUUAUCUAUUUGUCCAUUUUCACGCUUCGACGACGGAACGACCGGAAGUGUUACAGCACGAACUUUUUCUGUGGUAUUUUGCAUUGCACCGGGGACUGCAGCGUGACGGAGAAUGACCAACAACAGCUUUCGAGAAAAAACAGGGUUUUUGGUACGAGAAUCGAACUCGUACUGCAUCGAAUUUGCAAACGUUUGACAGUUUGGACUGUCUAACCAAAAGGGGUUAAUCGAAAGUUAAAUUUAGCUUGUAGAAACAAUCAUUGGAACGAAAAAAAAAAUUAUUCACACAUUUUCAUCACUCAAAACAAAACUAAUCAACGUCAUUUUUCGUAAUUACCGUGCAUAGUUAGGAGGAAAAUUGUUAUAAUUAUUACUGUUUACACAAUUUGAAGUACUCGUUUCUUACAAAUAGUCACACCCACACACUACUUCGCACAAAGACUACAGAGCAACAAUAUCGAAUAGUUACACAUUUUCUUGAAUGAAUCCGCACCGCGCACCAUUUUUCACCCAUUCACACAGCAAACAAAACAAAAAAAGAUUCGUUUGUGUUAUUGCCAAUUUUAUUAUCCUAUACUUUCUGUUGUAUAUUUACGCGAUUGAAAGCAAAAGUGUUGCAAAGAAGCGAUAACAACCACAGCGAGACAAUAAAUUUUUGUUCUUUAAAUAAAC